GUGCGCGUUAUCGGUCACUCCACGUCGAUCCGCAUAACUCGAUACGUAAACAACUAAAAUGUUUAACGCUUGUAAACAAUUCGGCCAGUUAAUUCCGUUUACCCGCUGACUGAUUAUUUCAUUUUCAGUACGGUUUUACGCGAUUCCACGAUAAUAGGCUGCGAGAAAUUUGAACCAGACCUACCAUGAUUAAUUAAUCAAUUUUUAUGUUGAAAUUAUUACUCCUGUUUGUGGCCAAUCAGUUUUCAGGUUCGCAGAGACCGAGAUCGUAUAUAUAGUUUAGUGUGUUUUCUUUGUAGUAAAGUCGUAAUGGAUUAUGAAACUGAAAAGAUGUUGGAUGAUAUUCGGAAUGAAAUCUACUCUGAACUGGGUGACGUGCAAAAAAAGGACAAAACUAGACCUCAAAGUUACGCGGAUUUUGUUCGAGAUAGUUCAAUUCCACCUAGCUUUAGUGUGAAUAGUGUUCAAUGUUAUCGAAAUAGUGAGGUGCCUAAGCAGGAAUGGCAGGAUUACUGGGCAAACGAGACCUCAAUUGCCAGCGCAAGGGCAUCUGUCAUGAUAUACGACGAUGUCAACAAGAAGUGGAUACCAUCUGGAACGUCUUCUGGACUGUCGAAGGUACACAUCUAUCAGCAUCAAGUGCACCAGACGUUUAGGGUGGUCGGAAGAAAACUUCAAGACCAUGAGGUAGUUAUCAACUGUGCUAUAUUAAAAGGACUGAAAUACAAUCAAGCUACAACCACGUUCCACCAAUGGAGAGACAAUAAACAAGUUUACGGGCUCAAUUUUAGUUCCAAAGAAGAUGCAGACUGUUUCGCCAGAGCCAUGUUUCAUUCUUUGGAGGUACUUAGCAACAUUGUUCGCCAACCGCAACAGCCAUCCCAAUACGCACCUCCGUUGGUUCAACAAGUACAAGUUCCCCAACAGCCUCCUCCCGUCCCAGCCCACCAGUCUCAACCCCCCCAACCUCCCCAAAUGGUCCAACAGCCGCCCGCACCUCCGCAACCUCCAGUUCCUCCUCAUGGGAUUCCCCAACAUAUGGGCCAUCCACCCCAUCAACAGUACGACGAAGACAUGGGUUACAGAACGAUGACCAGGGAAGACGUCGCCAUGAUCCAAGAACGAAGGAUAUCGGCCGCGUUGAUGUCACCCCAACCGACCUCGCCUAUGACGCCCCAAAACAACGUCCCGGCGCCGCCUGCCAUGCCUAUGGGCGCGCAUAGCCCCGUAUCACCACCCCAAGCUGCGCAUAGCGGCCACACGCGAACGGUCAGCGCACCUCCCGCACCACCGCUCCCUCCCGGCCCACCGGCGCCGGCGCCGUCGUCAUCGAGUACCGUCACAAACGUCGCGCCGCCUCCUCCCGCGCCGCCCCCGAUGAACAUAUCCAGGAGUCAAAGUAGUGAUGGUGGAGAGGUCAAUUCGUUAGCGGCUCAGUUACAGAACGCCAGGCUUAAGAGGAACAACAAGAAUACUGUACAACCUACAGAAAAUAGUGGUUCUUCAACAAGCAGUGGCGGCAGUAGUAAUUAUGGUACUUUAGGCAGAGGAGGCGGAGGAAGUAUGGCAUCUAUGAUGGAUGAAAUGGCAAAAACUUUAGCAAGGAGAAGAGCAGCUGUGGAGAAGAAAGUACCGGAUAAGGAAGAGGAAGAUAAAAAAGUGGCCAUGUGGGAAAAGACCAACACGCUGCCGGGCAACACUUCCAAAUUCAAUUCGGAAUCGCCUAAAAGUAGCAGGAAACGUUUCGGCUCCGCCUCCGAAGAAACGAUCUUGAAAGUAAACGGCCUGUCAGAAGUGGCGCUCUCUAUAGGACCUACGGAACUAGAAGCUCUUAAAGGCGAAAUAGUUAAAGAAAUGAAAAAGGAAAUUUCUAAAAUGAAACAGGAUAUUAUAGAUGCAAUCAAAUCAGAACUGAAUAGAAGGUAAUUAACUUACCGGAAACAAAAUCAUUUAAUCUGCCGUUUUUUGUAUAGUUUUUACACUUUGCGUCGAAUAAUGUAUAAGUAUUAAAUCAAGUCAUCAAAAGAAAAACAUUGGUAGCAUAACGAUUCAUCCAUGUGUAUGUUAACCUAUCUCGUGUAAAUUAAUACCUAAUUGUAAGGAAUUUUUUUAUAUGACAAAAAUUACGUUGUAUGUAAAAGUGAGCUGAACACAUGUCAUUUCAAAUGUUACACAUGGUAAUGCGAUUUAAGAUAAGUUAACAAUAAUAUUUAUUUAACUUAAGUUAUUUUAGAUAAUUUUAGUAUAAUGUCUUUUAAGUGAUUCCUAUAUUACGUGGUUACAUAAAGCAGCAAAAUUUAAUUUUUUAUCAAGGUUUUCAAACAAAAUGUGGUAUUUUCUUGGGAGUUCUUAGUUAUCAAUAGGUAUUUAUUGGUGACACUUUAUAUCAAAUUAUAAAAAUAAAAUCUCUAAAGAUAAAAAAAGAUACUUAAAUCUCAUAAAUUGUCGUUACAAGGUAACUUGACGCCUUUUUGAACAUACGGUACAAGAGAAAGUUCUAGGAUUUUUAUAAUUUCUGUUCAAAUUUGUCUUACAACAGGUUUUGAAAGAUUGUGCUACCACCAAAAUCCUAUUCUCCAUAAAUGAAACUCUUCUGUUUUUCAAUAUUAUUUUAAAUAGUAAAGAAACUGCAUGUAGAAAUACUUAUCUCCCAUAGAUCAUACGUAUAUUUUAAUUUCAUAAAUCUCUCUUCCAUAAUUGACAAACAUGAAAAUUACAAUAUUUAUAUUUAUGUAACCGCGUUACGCUCUGUAUAUAUUUUAUUAGUUUGAAGGACUUCCAUUUUAUUUUUGCCUAAUUUACCAAAUAACCCUUAUAUUUAAUGAUAUUUUAAAGAGAACUGACAGCAGUAGUAUUUAUUUUUGAGAGUUUAAAUACGAUUUUUGUAGGACCAGAUCCAAAAUGUACGACUUAUUUGGUACUGCUUCUACAUUAAGCAAUAUAUUAGCUUGAUUUUUUUUUGUUGACGAAAAAAAAGGAAGAAUAUAGAGGCGUAUAUAUUACUCUUGAUAUUUCCUACCUUCCCAAAUUAGAUGCUUUUCUAGUUAGCAAAAGCAUAUGGUACAUCGACUUGUUGCCUCACGCGUAUAUAUGUAUAUUUUUCAUUUAUAGAAAGGCCUCACUUUAUUCUCCAGGGUAUACUUAUAUUUUUUUGUCAAACAAAAUUAUUUUUAAAUUAAAAUUAAUAUUAUACAUAGAGUGCCAAAAAGUUUUCAAAAAAGCGAUUGUUUUAUUGUUGAGUUUUUAAUCAAAGUUUAUGCAUAAUUUCUUCAGCAUACCCAAUAACAGAACAAAUAUUUUGGUAUUUGUUAUGUGAUAACUGAUGAUGGCAAAUUGCACAAAUCCUUUUAAAUCUUUGUAAAAAGUGGGGUUUAAUGACAAAAUAUCGAAAAAGGAUCUAACGGAACAUGCCAGAUUUUAUAAAUGUACAGGGGCUUUCAAAAAAUAUCAGUUAUUUGUGUUUAUCAUUUUCGCUAGAUUUUCAAAAAAUCUAUUUAAGACAAAGUAAAUGGAACAAGAAUAAUGCUUAAUACAAGUUUUUUUCUUGCAGAUGUGUAAAAUCAACGUUUGUCAGAUCGAAGGUUCCAGCAAAGUCGACCUGAUGAUGGGAAUAAAUCCCCGAAACCGGUCGUCGGAUGGCUGUUUCCUUCGGUCUGAUGAACUUAAUGCAGAUAUUAGCACACUUGUAGGGAUUAAGGCCUUUUUAGUUUUCUGUGUACUAUUUUUAUUUUAUAUAGAACUCUACUUUGUGCUUUUAGCUCCAUUUAUGGUUUCAUAUAUAUGAAGCAAGCUUGUUACUUUAAAUGUUUUUUUUUAAUUUCAGUUUUCUAAGCUUUUUAAUUUCAGUUUUCAAAAAUUGAUAGUUUGGAAAUUAACAUUUUUAGUUUUUUAUAAUAUAUUGUGGACAGUAAAACAAAAUUACUGUCUUUAUUAAUUAUUUUUAAUAUGCUUUGUCUUAUGUCAAUCAUAGGAAAAAGUACAAUUUUUGAAAAAUAAUCGAAAAACCGAUAUUUUUAGAAUGUUCCUGUAUGUUUAAGAUACUUGGUCCAUAUACAAAAGAAUGAAAUUCUAAACAACUUUUCUGUUUAACAUUUUUCGUUAUUUUGCCACCUAACCCUAUUUUUUGCACAUAUUUAGAAGAUAUUUUUUUUUAUUGUUUCAAAAUAAUUCAAUAAUAAAAAAAUUACCAUUUAUUGCGAACUUCUUUGCACACCCUUUAGUGAUGAAUUACAAUGAGAUUACGGAUUUUUAAUUUAUAUAGUUUAAUAAAAUAAUGAUAAUUAUAUUAUUAAUAAAUUAUAGUGUAGAAUUGGGAUUCAUUUAGCAAUCUGAUGGCGUUUCGGAUUAUUAGAUUUCAUACUCUAUAAUUCAAAACUAACAAUUUUGGAUAUCAAUAAUAUAAUUUUCGUUGGAUCUUUCUGUAUUACAGCAAAAAAAGACCUACCUAACCAACUACAAUAGAAUAAACAGUUUUCUUCGAAUCUAGCUGCAUGCAGCUCUAUGUUGCGUUUCAGUCGUUUUCUGAUAUGUUAAGAGUAUUGUCCGUUAACAAGUAUUUUAUGGUCUGGUUCAUAUACGUAACUUAAAUUUUUUAGGGAGGCUAUCAUGACCCCCUUUAAUACAAUCUUUGUAAAUUCAUCCACAUGAUGCACUAUACAUUGACAUUUUUUGUAUCAUUCGAUAGUGGUUAUCUAUAAUCUAUGUAUAUUCUGUAAUUUCAUUGUAAUUUAUUAUAGAUGUUAUUUAAUAGUCCCAUCUAUGGUUUGUAUUAUUAUAGAUUAUUUGUUAAUAAUAUAUUCUAUAUACAAAGCUCAACUUCUAGGUUGUGACCAGAAAAUAUAAAAUCAAAAUUUUAUAUUUAGCAGGAAACAUUAUGAAAAAUAAAAAUAUGAAAUAUUGUGGGAAAAUGUUUCUUCAAUUAUUUCAUAUCAAAAUUUGAGUUAGUGAGGCUAGUUUUCUAAUUUUGUUUCUAUCGCGUAUGAUGGAUAUUGUAUAAAUGACUUUGAGUGAUGACAGUUAAUAUAUUCUAUAAUUUUAUUAUUAUAUAACUUUGUGAUAUCUAUCUUGCAUUUAACUAUUCACUUAUGAUUUUAAACGUUAAGUGGUUUCUGUUCUAUACGUAACUUUUUCCGGUUUUUUCAUAUUUUUUACCAAUAUUUUUUCUGGGAUAAAAGUAAACAAGACAAUUACUUUUUCUACAUUUUAUGAUCUCAAAUACAGUCAAAAUUAGCACAAGUUUAGUUUGUUAUUAAUAUUUGAUCUAAAGUGUAUCCGUAUUACUUUAUGUUGUAAAUUUUACAGUGUAUUUCAAAUAAAA